GGGCCAGGAGGCGGGACUGGGACAGGCAGGACCCCACCCCCUGGAAGGGAGGCCAGGGAGGGGCAGGCUGGGCAGGUCCCCCACCCCAAAUGCUCCAGGGUGGGGCAAGGGGCAGGUCUUGCAGAGGCUGAGCAAAGGCUGCUCUAUGGGGAGCUGCAAUUGGAAAUGAGCAAUGGUGCACAGGAAGUGUGAACCCUGCGCAGGUUAAACGUCCAGCUCUGAGAGCUGCUCCCUCAUUCCCCCUGCUUCAAAGGUGAUAUUUCCCACCCCCUCCCUAGGAGAGAGUAGCCCCUAACAGAUGCUGAUCUGGGUCUAGCUCUGUCCAGAUGGCUGAGGUUGGGCCUGGGAUAAAGGUGGAAUUAGGGAUUUGGGGCAGGGGAUAGGAAAAGCUGUCCCAGCACAGGCAGCAGCAUCCAGGUAGAGAGAGAAGCAACAGAAAAGGUGCAUUCUCCUGCCAGAGCUGAGGCUGCUGCCAGCAGCCAGGAAACCUAGCCCGGGUCGCACCUUGCAGGAUGGAGAGGAGGAAGUACUCUGAGUCUCUCCCACUUAGCCUUACAGAUGGUUAAGGAGAGACCUAGCUGGGAGGCGGUACUCCUCCUGGCUUUGCACAGUGUGUGGGGGGAAAUGGUUCCUCUCCCCCAACCCAAAGGGGAAGCAGGUGGGCGGGCGCAUCCCACCAACUGGCCGGGAGCCUCUGUUACAUUGUGGCUAAGGAGCCGCCUGGCAAGGGCAGCCACUGGGCCACUGCUGAUAGUGCCUGUCCUCUUGGUGCUGCCUCUGCCUCCCUCUGCUAAGGAGGCACUUUGCCUGCCUGUUCUCCCAUAGUGCCCAGCCCCAGCUCCAGCCCAUAGAGGAGGGAGGAACGCUGGAAGGGCCCUGAGCACCAGGGGGCGAGGCCAGGGAGAAGAUGGGUAUGAGCUCAGGAUUCCACGGGGGAGAAUCACCCGUCUCCUAAUUUUAACCAGUACGUGAGGGACCAGGGCGCCAUGACCGACCAGCUGAGCAGGCGGCAGAUCCGCGAGUACCAGCUCUACAGCCGGACCAGUGGCAAGCACGUGCAGGUCACCGGGCGUCGCAUCUCCGCCACUGCUGAGGACGGCAACAAGUUUGCCAAGCUCAUAGUGGAGACGGACACAUUUGGCAGCCGAGUUCGCAUCAAAGGGGCUGAGAGCGAGAAGUACAUCUGUAUGAACAAGAGGGGCAAGCUCAUCGGGAAGCCCAGCGGGAAGAGCAAAGACUGCGUGUUCACGGAGAUCGUGCUGGAGAACAACUACACGGCCUUCCAGAACGCCCGGCACGAGGGCUGGUUCAUGGCCUUCACGAGGCAGGGGCGGCCCCGCCAGGCUUCCCGCAGCCGCCAGAACCAGCGCGAGGCCCACUUCAUCAAGCGCCUCUACCAGGGCCAGCUGCCCUUCCCUAACCAUGCCGAGAAGCAGAAGCAGUUCGAGUUUGUGGGCUCCGCCCCCACCCGCCGGACCAAGCGCACGCGGCGGCCCCAGCCCCUCACGUAGUCUGGGAGGCAGGGGGCAGCAGCCCCUGGGCGCCUCCCCACCCCCCUCCCUUCUUAAUCCAAGGACUGGGCUGGGGUGGCUGGAGGGGAGCCAGAUCCCCCAGGAAGGACCCUGAGGGCCGCCAAACAUCCGAGCCCCUAGCUGGGAAGGGGCAGGCCAGUGCCCCAGGGGCGGCUGGUACAGCACCCCCUUCCCGGACGGGUGGCAGGCCCUGGAGAGGAACUGAGUGUCACCCUGAUCUCAGGCUGCCAGCCUCUGCCGGCCUCCCAGCCGGGCUCCUGAAGCCCGCUGAAAGGUCAGCGACUGGAGGCCUUGCAGACAACUGUCUGGAGGUGGCUGUCCUCAAAAUCUGCUCCACGGAUCUCCCUCAGUCUGCCCCCAGCCCCCAAACUCCUCCUGGCCAGACUGUAGGAAGGGACUUUUGUUUGUUUGUUUGUUUCAGGAAAACAGAGGGACAGAGAGAGAGAGAGGAAAAUAGAGGGUUGGCCACUCCUCACAUUCCACGACCCAGGCCUGCACCCCACCCCCAACUCCCAGCCCCGGAAUAAAACCAUUUUCCUGCAAA